AUGGUUAUUGAUGUGGCGGGUUUCCGGUGGCUUCUGGCUUUGUGCAGACAUUCCCGAACAGGUGAAAACGUAUGGAAAAUCUCCGUAAUGUUUGCUGAUAAAAACUUAUGUUUUAAACCCAACAUAUAUUCUCAAUAUUUAACAGAUUUUCACAAAAAUCUUCAUCACAUCGAAAUAAAAGGAGAGGCAAAGAAAACUCAUGCAUUAGAAUGUGCUUCAGAUCAGGAAGUUGACGUCGAAGUACCUUUAUGUUGUACUUGA